AUGUCUUCUGGGAAUCAAAAUCUUCUUGUUGUUGCCUCUCUUGCGGCAGCUGGGGCAGGACUCGCGGCUACUGUGUCAGGAUGGUUCGAUGGUUUCCUUGGUGAUCAGGAUUAUAGUUCUAACGAUGGAGGRCAAGUUGCGCAAGUUGCGCAUGCCAGCGAACAUUCUUUGCGAGAGAUUCUAGAGGAACAUCAGCGUCGUCAAACGCUCGUUUCGCGUUAUGCAAAACUUGAAGUAUGCAAUGAAUACAAAGAUAAAGCAACCUUCUUCGGAUUUACCCUCAAACAUGCACUUAAAGAUGGACUCUUGGAAAAAGAGGCGAUUUCUAACAACAUCGGUUUUGUAGCUGGAGACGGAGACGUUUACGCUUUAUUUCCCAAAAUUCUAAAUCCCGUCAUUGAAUUCCUACACGGCGUUUAUCCUAGAGUUAAAUACACCAGCAGCAUUGACGCAAGGAACUUUGAUUGUGUAAACCUGGACCCAAAAUAUGUKGUAUCUUGUCGUGUCCGAGUACUGCGGUCGCUACGAGGAUUUCCCUUUGCUUGGAAAUGCUCAGAGAAGGAAAGACRGGAGAUUGAGGAAACAGCAGUAGAAAUACUAAAUAACAUCCCAGGUAAGGAUUUUAGCAAAGACACCMGUGUCAGUAGGUUUAAAUCUCGAUAUUUGCGAGGGUACGGAACCUCAAAUUACGUCAAGUUAUCUGCGCUUGACAAACAGACCAGAGAUCUCUUUCUUAGAAGGAACUAUAUAUUCUAUCCUYAUAUAAACGAGUCCGACCAGACAUGGCCUUCAGGGCGUGGAAUAUACUACGGGGACCACGGAAGAGUAGUCGUACUCAUCAAUGAACAGGAACAUCUAAAAUUCAUCUCACAGCAAACCGGAAGUGAUGUCAAAAUGGCGUUUAAUAGAUUACGUMACAUUGUUGAUAUGGUAGAGCGAUUGCUUUGGGAGAAUGCCCAUGACUUUUCCUUCGACGAGAAAUAUGGCCACCUGACGUCCAGUCCGCGGGAGAUUGGAACUGGAYUUCGAAUUAGCAUGAACGUGAGACUGCCUCGUCUGAGCCAGGAGCCUCGUUUUGCUUUUAUUUUGCGAUUGCUGGCUUUAGAAAAGAGACAACCAGGAAUUACGACUGGCUACGGUGUAAUGGAGCUGUCUAACUCUACACGUACUGCGCACACAGAGGUUGAUUUUAUCAAACAUGURAACAGCAGUAUUUAUCAUCUUAUCGCCAUGGAGAAACUUUUGGAAGACGUUCACGUGAUUGAUCCUGUGCUUUGCGCAAUUAUUAGGGAUAACAUUAAUUAUCUAUUCAAGGGAACAAAUUAA